AUGACGAGUUUCCUGGACAGCCUAAAAUGGGAUAAGAACAGCCUCGUCGCAGUUAUUGUUCAGCACAUUGACACAGGCGAGGUGCUGAUGCAAGCCUUCGCAGAUAGGGCGGCCAUAAAUGAAACUAUUCAGACUGGCCUAGCCACGUUCUACAGCCGCUCCAGGGGUGGCCGAUGGUGCAAGGGCGAAACUAGCGGCCACUUCAUUAAUGUUCACAAAAUAUAUACGGACUGCGACCGCGACUCCAUUAUCUACCUGUCGGAUCCCAUAGGGCCCGCCUGCCAUACGGGCGCCAGCAGCGGCUCCCUGGUUGCCCACCAGGGGAAUCACGACCAGGGGGAUCACGUGCCCCGUACGACAUUGCUGGCUCUGGAGCAAACCAUAGCUCAGCGCAGAGAAGCGUUGUCUCGGCCAUUAGGUACCAAGCCUUCCUGGACCACCCGGCUGCUGAGCAACCCGGAGCUGCUGUGCAAGAAGAUCCGCGAGGAGGCUGGUGAGUUGUGUCAGACGUUGGAGGCCGACGAAGGGCGGGAGAGGGCAGCCAAUGAGAUGGCUGACCUGCUGUACCACUCCAUGGUGCUGCUGAACCUGCAGGGUGUACCGAUGGAGGAGGUGCUCCGGGUGCUGCGGAAGCGCUUCACACAAUCGGGCAUUGAGGAGAAGGCGUCCAGGGCCCCCAAGUCCCAAUAA